AUGACGACAACGCUGCCGCUCUUUUGGCAUCUAUCAGAAGCAUCGAAGAAGGAGCGCUUAGAUGCGUCCGUAAAACUCAUAGGAGCUUUGGAGCAGUUUCAAGCUCAGUUCGUUCCUCAGCCUGCACCUGGUACUUCUGGCUCGGACGACGAGGAGGGCGACGAGGACGGCGUUCUAAAAUCGGAUGGACUUGAUAUAUUGAAUGCUCAAGAUGUGUCUUAUUCAAUACGAAGGCUUGUGAGAGGGUUGGCGAGCCCUCGGGAAAGCAGUAGAUUGGGUUUCGCGGUUGCCCUGACAGAGCUUCUUUCAAGGAUUAACACGGUUACAUGCGCUCAGAUAUUAAACAUCGUCAUGGAUAGCAGCAAGUAUCAGGGAUCAAUGACCGGACAAGAAGAACGAGACGUUCUUUUCGCUCGGCUAUUUGGGAUCAUGUCCAUCGUUCAGUCAGGCCUCCUUGUAAGGACCGAUCCUCUUUCGACUUCCGCUUCUUCAGCAACAUUACCUUCGACAUUGUCGAGCUAUGAAGAAGUUCUUUCGCAGCUCCUCAUACUUGGGGAAAAGAAAUCAUGGCUGCGAGAGAGUGCCUGGUUUACCAUUAAACUUGCCGUCGAUGCCAUAGAAGAGUCGGAAGUCUCCUGGAAAAACGAGGCCAUUGAAUCAACCCUCAAACAAUUGUUUAUAGACAAUAAAAUAUGGUCGCCAGAAAAAGUUGCGUUGGCUCUCAAAUUACAAGACCUGGCCUCCCAUCGGAAUCGGAACGACCUCUUUUCACCUCCAUUCAAAAAUUCAGAUUUAUUUAGUUCCGCCAAUCUACAGGCGCUUUCUAGAAUAUUGAAGGGAUCGACCACCGACGAGGAUGGGGAAAAAGAUCCUUCCAAAGCUCCCAGUGGUUCAUGGAAACCUGAGUUACACUUCGUUUGGGAUAUCAUCUUCGAUCAAUUACUCCCCGGUCCAAACGGCAAGCCAAGUCGGGGAUCUUUUCAAGAAUUCUAUCGCGUCGUCGUUGAUGAAUCGUUGUUUUCCUCGACGUCAUCACCGCAGCGUAAAUACUGGGGUUUCCAGGUCUUCCAAAAGGCAUUAAAACGCGUGAAUGAAGACAGCAUGCCAAUGUUGUUCACGAAGAAUUUCAUGCGCUCCUGGAUUAACCAUCUAUCUAAGCAGGACAGAUACUUGCAUAAAAUCGCACUGCAGACUGUGAAAGAACUUCAGGCCUUUGUCCAGGACAAGCCUCAACUCGGGUUCGCCCUCAUCUUACAACUGACUGGUGUCAAUGGAAACCAACAGUUUGAUAAAAUUACGAAAACGAAGACCGUGGAGUCGGUAUUGGCAAGCCUCGAUGCUCAGGGCAUCAAAAAUUACAUCGACUACAUUUUAACUCAAACUGACGAGUCGGACGGAGAGUACGUCGUUUUGAACAUCGCAACAAUGAACGCUCGUCGAACGUGGAUCAUAGACCAGUUAGGUGUUCUGAUCCAAAAUGGUCGGUUACCCAAAGAGGACGAAUGGGUACAGUCGAUUCUUGACUGGCUUGCUCUCCAUGGCCUCUUUGUGGUCAAAAAGAAAUCUUCCAAGAGCCCGAUUCAAGCUUUGCGCUCGAUACCAAAGCCCGCUUUUUCCGAGGAGCACCGCCAACAAUGCCGUAGCAAGCUUCUGACUAGCCUCAGUAAUUUGAAUGCCCAAACGACUGUUGUUAAAUCAGGAAAGCUAGGUGAAAAGGCAACCAAAGCCUCAGCUGUAGCAUCAGAUGGGAAAUUCUGGGUGGCGAAAGUUUUGGAAACCAUCCAGCAAUUGGAGAAUGACUCCAAGCACGUUUCUUCUCUCGCUGAAGCGGAUGAAGGUGAACAGCAACUCCGUGUCAGAGCCAGGGAGGUCGUUGAAACAUUGAGAGCGGUCAACGAAAGGCAACAAGAAACAGCGAAAGGGGCUGAGCUACUUCUUUUAGCUAUCACCCUACAGCACUAUUGCUUAGCGGAAGAGGGAGAUCUGGAUCUUGAGAGCUUCGAGAAGGCGAAGAAGGUUACUGAAGACCUGGCAGAACCGGAGGAUGCUGCAUUCGAACCAAUCGACGUUCUUGUGGACACAAUCAUCGGAUACCUUGAAAAGUCAACGGCUUACAUGCGAUCCGUUAGCAAUCAAGUUUUUACAUUGCUAUCAGGGUCUGUCAAGGGGACGACGAUUGAUUUGAUUGUCACGCAACUUGAAAGACGCGAUCCAGCCAAACUCGCCGAGGAACAGGAUGAGGAGAUGGAUGAUGAAGACGAAGAUGGAGAUGUUGACUCCGAGCAAGAAAGCUCGUCCGACUCUGAGUCGGAUGUUGAUGCCGGUAUGGGCGACGACAGCAACGACGAGGAAGUUGACGCGCAAAUACGAGCCAAAGUAGAAGAAGCUCUUCGGAUAAAUGGAAUUGACCCCCCCACGGGAGACACAGACGAUGACGAAGACGAAGAGCUCAUGGAUGACGACCAGAUGAUGGCAAUUGAUGAACAGCUUGCCCAAGUCUUCCGGUCAGCCGCCGGCGAGAGGAAAACAAAGGAUGUUGAUGCUCAGCGGGAAGCAACCCAUUUCAAAAAUCGUGUUCUCGACCUCGUGGAUAUCUUCAUAAAAAAGCAAUCGUCAAGUCCACUUAUCUUGCGUUUGAUUUCCCCUCUUGUGGAGCUCAUUGCAGGAACCGGUCAAGAUGAGCGACAACUAUCUGACAAAGCAAAAGGGAUUCUUCGGACGAGAAUUGGUAAAGCGAAAGAAACCCCUUCGCAGGCAGACUUGGAAGAGGUCCGCUCCAUCGCCGGUAAUUUGCACACUCGAGCCCGUAAAACGGCCUCGUCGGAUUUCCUGGGAAUUCUCAGCCAGUCGAGUCUCUACGUUUCGAAGGUCCUCAUCAACUUGGAGGACGAAAAAUCAGUGAUCGACAUGUAUCGAGAAUCCUUGGUCGAUUUUGUUACCCGAAAAAAUUCCCAUCUUAAUGCUACCUACUUCAACGAAUUCUUCCAACGUUUUCCUGCACAAAGUUGGACUCUUCGCACUGACUUGUUGGAUCUGGCAAGUAAAGCGGUGAAUGCGUACCGACAAUCCCAGGUUUUGCAGUUGCUUCAACGUCUAGUGCCUGUGAUGGUGCGUAGUUUGAUUUGUUCCCCCUCGAUCUGUCUGAAUUCAUAUACAAACUAG